AUGUCGGUUGACACGAAAAAAAACUACUUUGGACCUCGAGAUGAUGAGGAUGCUGAGGAAUACUGGGCACUCUUGCUUAAAGCCGAAGAGCUCGGGGACUCUGAUGAGUGGGAGAAAGCAUGCGAGGCACAGGAACGAGCAGUGAAGUACGCCGAAGAGCACUACGGUGAUGACCUAAAUGCAAAAAGCGGCCUCGCAUACCUCUACCGGCAAGUGAGUCGCCCCAAGGAUGCCGAAGAGCUUGACCGGUACAUCCUCUCGGUGCAACAGCAAAUCCUUGGAGAUGACCACGAAGACACAGUAGCAAGUCUGAAUAACCUUGCAAUUGACCUGAAGGCACAGGGUGAAUAUGAUCAGUCACUUGAACUGGACAAGAAAGCCCUGGACAUUAUGCUUCGCAUCAAGGGCGAAGACUCUCAAACCACACAGACGAGCAUGCACAAUCUGGCCAACAGCUACUUUAACAACAAAGAUUACCAAGCUGCGCUAGACUUGCACCAGCGGGCAUUGGACCUCAGGACAAAGACCCUAGGCCCUGAGCACUUUCAGACGAUUAUGACGAUGGACCUCCUAGGGAGGGAUUAUGGUGCCUUGGAUAAAUUCCAGGAAGCAGUGGCCCUCCAGGAGAAAGCCGUGGAGGCUGCAAAAACCCACCUCGGCCCGUCCAACCAGACAACUAUCAAAUGCAGUCUGAACCUAGCAAGUACAUAUGGGCGUCUCGACCAAGCCGGCUCUCCGGAGACGCCUGGAGGGACGUGGGAGUCCAAGGGGAUCAAACUCCUCGAGGAAGUAUUAGAAGUGCAACGACAGGGUCCGGGUGAGGACCAUUCGGAUACCAUUGCCGCUAUGAACAACCUGAGCGUGUCAUAUUUCCAUGCUGGUCGAUUCGAAGAUGCCAUUCCUCUAAUGCAGAAAGCUGUUGAGUGGAAUAGGAAGAAAUUGGGGCCAGACCACCCGCAAACUCUUGCUGCAUCGGGAAAUUUGGACUACGCCUGUGAAAAGCUUGGGAUGACUCGAGCUUCAAUAUUUUAA